GUCACUCCGCGCGCCCCCGACAGAUGAACUUCGGCGAUGCUGCGGACGGGUCUCACGGAACUCACUCGCUGCGUCUAAAAGUGCGAGAAACUUCUUUAAAGCGGUCUCUUCUGUAUUAUAGCGAAAACCCAAGACGAUGAUGACGGGAGCUCGCGUGUGCGCGGUGAUCGCGCUCGUGAUGUGCGCGUGCGGCGCGUGCGAGGCGGGAUGCGCGGACAGACCGACGCCGAGAUGCUGUCCAGGACGAAAUAACGAGUGCGUGGAGAGGAGCGCGAGGAGAACCGUGUGUUACUGCGACACAUACUGCCGGAGGAGCGGCGACUGCUGCGACGAUUACCGGCCCGUGUGCCACACGUCAGCUAUAGACUGUGAGGUUCGGCAGUGGGGUCCCUGGUCUCCGUGUUCGUCCGUCUGUGGGGCGGGGACUACAGAGCGAAGCCGGCAGGUAGCCACGCCCCCUCAUAAUGGAGGCACGCCCUGUCCUGACCUCAAACAGCGCAGAGGAUGUCUCGCACACACAGAAACCUGCAGCGCUGCUAAAGAGGUGGCCAAAAUCCUGCCUGACUCAUUCAGGCGGAACUUUGAGGACCCUUGGAGACGGCCGCACAUGCUUAUGAAGGAGGAGAAGAAGAGUUACUGUGUGCAGAUGCGUGUGAAGCAGGUGAGCGCUGCGUGUAAGAUGAGGCCGUGGAGCGCCGGAUUGGUUUUCGAGCGCUCCGUGUGCAUCGAGUGUCAGAGCGACGCCAUGACCAAUGAGGACCGCUGCGGUGGAGACGGGCUGCAGAACAUCAGAACCUUCUGGUCGGCCGCUUCAGCUCCGGGUUGCUCAGGGUCGUGGGUUCGAGAGUUAUUUACCGAGGACUGUCGGUGUCCCUCUUACUCCAUGAUAUUCGUCUGAACUCAAUUCGAGGAACACAGUUGCUCCAAAUGAUUCCGCAGGACUCUGUCAUCUGAAACCAAAUUCUCUCUGUCAAAAGUUAAGCAAUCUGUC